GACUGUGCAUCAAUCAUGUACAUUGUUGUGUCAAUUUGUUGUUGUGUCAAUUUGUAAAUUAUAUGUAGAAGUAGUAAAAUUUAUAGUAACUUUAGUAAUUUCUUAUGAUACAUAAUUGACUUCUAUGUGUUCUUUUCUUUUGGUGAAAAUAUUUAGUUACAUGAAGACUUGAACAAUAGGUGACCAAUUAAUAGUUCAUUUCCCCUGUGGUGCGAAGUUUUUCUUAUAGGGAAAACACCAAACGCCAAAAUGUAAUAGGCAUGAAUGUUAAUUUGACUGUAGAUUCACCAGGUUUGGUGACAAUCUACUCAGUUGAUUUGUUUGGUUCUUUUUUCUUUUUCUUUUUUAAAUAAUCGAUUUGUUUGGCUCUUGGUCACUGUUUCAAUUAGGGAAAGCCCAUUACAUUGUAAAAUAAUAACAAAUGUUUGUAUACCGUUCUGCCUUUUGAUAAUACUACAAUUAACUAUACUGCUUAAAGUUUGUUCUUACAUACACAACAACGUAUGAUAUGUAUCCAUGAACACACUAAUUACUACAAACGCUAAACAUAUGCUAUUGUUAUUCCUCAUUAUUGCUCUUGCAGGCGUGGGAUUUCCAGUUGGGAGAAUCAAGACACUGUGAAAAGCAUGAUCCACAAGCAGCAAAAUACGGUGAAAACAAUCCUGAAUUUAUGAUCAAGAAUUAUGUCAAUUUUAUCCAAGAAUCUUCCUUGACAAAACCAAAGGUAUUACAAGACCUAUAUGAGAUGAAUUGCUCCACAAUAUGUGAGGAUUUUCUUUCAGAAAAUAAUCACUCGAAUCAUCCCUUGUCAAUCAAUAAAACCCCAAAAGAAGAAAGCUUCAACAAAUCAAAAGUAGAAUUACCACCACCUGAACCCAAAACAUGCAGUAGCACCAGCCAUGUCCCGGCUAAGCAGCAACCUCUCCUGGCGAGCAGUGAUAAUGUGAAUGGGGUAAUUAAAAACUUUGAUAUGGAAUUGCUGGCACAGAACAGAGGCCAAGCCAUGUUGCGCUACAAGGAGAAAAAGAAAACUCGAAGGUAUUAUAAGUACAUCCGAUACGAGUCCAGGAAGGCCAGAGCUAAUACCAGAAAGAGAGUAAAAGGUCGAUUCGUGAAGGCAAGUGAAACUCUUGAUCAUGUUGAAAUGUAAUGCUAAAGCUUUGGAGAAUUUCAUCCCCAAUUUCAGUCUGCAAAUAUAAAUAUUUCCCAGUAGGAAUUUCCACUGCAGGAAUUUCAUUUAGAUGGCAUAAUGUCUAAGUUAGUGUGUAGAGCGUAUCUCUAUUUCUAUUGCUUCGUUUGUUAACUCCGAUUGAUUCUGGCAGUUCGUAGGUUAAAUUAAUUGGAGUUGUUUUUAUGUUAAAAUACAUGAUUGACUUUGGAGAAAAUCACAUUAUCUGUAAAUUUUGCCUGCAAAAAUGGCAUUAUUCUCCUACUA